GAGUUUCCACUUCUGAUGACAGUUCUUGCUUUCUACUUGUCCAUUAUAUAGAUUUCAUUUCUGAUAAUUAAGACCAGGAAAUCCAAGCAAGGAAAAGGGCAUAAUAUAUAUCCAUCUUUUUUACGUCUUUCCCUAAGAAGAAGAGGGACAACACCAGACUGUUGGAUAAAUGGGACGUGGAAAGAUCGCGAUCAGGAGGAUUGAGAACAACACCAAUAGGCAAGUCACCUUCUCAAAGCGCCGAGGAGGGCUGUUCAAGAAGGCUCAUGAACUUUCUGUGCUUUGUGAUGCCCAGAUUGGGCUCAUCAUCUUCUCAAGCACCGGCAAGUUGUCCGAAUACUGCAGCCUCCCUUCAAGCAUGGAACAAAUCAUAAGAAGGUACCAAAGAGUCACUGGAACUCAUAUUUCCAAGCAGGAUAACCGAGAACAAUUGCACAAUGAGAUAACAAGGAUGAGGAAUGAGACGCACAAUCUUCAACUGAGUCUACAACGCUACACCGGCGAUGACUUGAGCUCUAUACAAUUCAAGGACUUGGAGGAACUUGAACAACAGCUUGAACACUCAAUUAAGAAGGUUCGAGCCCGAAAGUACCAGCUCCUCCAACAGCAGAUAGACAAUCUUCAGAGGAAGGCAAAAAUGUUGGAAGAUGAAAACGAGCAGAUAUGCCAUUGGAUCCAGGAAAAGCAGCAAGUAGUAGCAAUGGAGCAACAGCAGCAGCUGGGAAUUGAGUUGAAGCCAGUGGAGGAGCAGCAGGUGAUGGAGCAGUUCCCAUUCAGUGGAGAAGAACAACCCAACAGUGUCCUUCAGUUGGCCACCCUCCCCCCUCAUUUCUACCCCUACCGCCUCCAGCCAACCCAUCCCAACCUCCAGGACCUCACCCUCCAGUACCCUGGAUUUGGCUCCAUAGGCACUACUCCUACAAAUGAUUAGGGUUGAAGAGAGGAGGAGACAUGGAAGGAAGCAAUACCGAGGGAUUACAUAUUUAUAUAUAGUACUCCUUAUUUUCAUGAUGUUAUAUCACAUACAUAUAUGCGUGCAUCUUCAUUUGGGAGAUUUUAUA